UUGUUCACAUUUUCCAUUUCAAUCCUUAAGAACACGAGAACUGGAAAUGAGAUUUGUUUGUCGUAUGAUUUGGAAUGAGGUUUAUGUUGCAUCGACUUUUGUUAUGUUAUACUGUGAAACUUUUAGAUCUAUGGAAACUUUAAAGUAUGGUUAUUAUGUUGUAUAUUUUGUAGGCACAUCCAUAACAUUUGAAUCUUUGGAAGGAUAUGGAGUUUGAAGCUUGCUAGAAGAAGUUUAUGCGAAGAAGUGAAGAAGGUGAAACUCAACCAUUGUAACUAAGAGAUACAGAGAUAACAAAAAUGGCAGACAGUGUUGUUGGCUUCCUGGUGCAGAGGUUGUCACAACUACUUGAAAGCGAAAUAAAGCUCCUUUCUGGUGUGGAAGAGAAAAUAAAGUCCUUGCGUAAUGAAUUGAAGUUCAUGGAUAUCUUCAUCAAGAGCUCAGAGGGGAAGUACAAAGAUGCAGUGGUGAAAGAAGUGGUGACGCAAAUAAGAGAUGUCGCCCACAAAGCAGAAGAUGUGGUGGACACUUACAUUCUCAACAUCGCCAAACACAAACGUAGAAACAAAUUGUGUCGAUUAUUCCACCUCAAAGAAAAACUCGUUGUGCCCCAUGAAGUUGAUGCUGAGAUAGAGAAGAUCAGGAGUCGUAUCGAUGAGAUUUAUAAAAACCAGGAGAGGUAUGGCAUCAAAGAAGGUGAAUUCCAAAGCGAAGAAGCAGUUGCAAUAGAAUGGCGACGCAAAAGGAGGAUGGAUGUGGAGGAAGAAGAUGUUGUGGGCUUAGUGAAUGAGAGCGACACUGUCAUUCAACAACUCCAGAAAGACGACGUGCGUCUUAAUGUUGCUUCUAUAGUCGGAAUGGGAGGAUUGGGUAAAACCACUCUUGCCCGUAAGAUUUAUAACAAGGACGUUGUGAAGAACAUAUUUCCUUGUCGUGCAUGGGGUAAUGUGUCUAACGAUUACAGGCCCAAGGAGGUUUUUCAAAGUCUCCUGAGUUGCUUAAAUCUUUCUGGAUUUGAAAAUUUAAGCGAGGAGAAUCUGAAGAAAGAGGUAGCCAAAGGGUUGAAGGGGAAGAAAUAUUUGAUAGUGCUUGAUGACAUAUGGGAAACACGGGUAUGGGAUGACAUAAAAGGAGCCUUUCCAGAUGACAAUACAGGUAGCAGAGUAUUGAUCACAAGUCGUGAAAUGCAUGUUGCACGCCAUGCAGGAACCACUUCUCCGUACGAACUUCCUUUCCUCACCGAAGAUAAAAGUUGGGAACUAUUUUUUAAGAAGGUGUUUCGAGGUGAAAAAUGCCCCUCCGAGUUAGAGCCUUUGGGUAGAUCCAUUGUCAAAGAAACUUGUGGGGGUUUACCACUUGCCAUUGUGAUCUUAGGUGGACUCUUUGCAAAGAAGGAGAAAUCACAAAGAGAGUGGUCGAGAAUGAAGAAAAUGAGUUGGAAUUCUACUGCAGACAAGAAUGAAGUGAUGGAUAUAUUAAGGCUCAGUUACGACAACUUGCCUCCAACAUUAAAGCCCUGUUUUCUUUAUUUUGGAAUCUAUCCUGAAGACCACAAGAUUAGUGCAAGAGAAGUGAUCCAAUUGUGGGGAGCAGAAGGGUUCGUACAACCACAAGAAAACGCAGAACCCGAAGAAGUAGGUGACUUUUACUUGGACGAGCUGGUGGAUCGAAGCUUAGUGCAAGUGACUGAGAGGAGAACUGAUGGAGGUGUUAAGAUAUGUCAGGUUCAUGAUGUUCUUCGUGAUUUCUGCAUAUCAGAGAGCAAAUUUUGCAAGUUUAUGGAUGUUUACAGAGAGUCCAAUAUUGACACCUUGAGUGAUACCAAUCCCCGUAGAUUGUCCUUGCUAUGCCAACCGCAAUCUAGUAUUUCUGUUAUGACUUUUGACAAAUCAAUGUCAAGCACUCGUUCUGUGUUCGUUUUUACUGAGGCAAGUAAGUCUGUGGAUGAUUUGGUGAAAAGGUUCAUGUUAGCUAGGGUUAUUCAUGGUUUUCAACCAUCAUUAUUUCCCGACAAUUUGAAGAGGAUGAUCCAUUUAAGAUACUUGAAAAUAUUAUUUGUUGACAGUCUUCCAGCUUGUGUUGGCAACCUAUGGAAUUUAGAAACACUAGAUGUAAGUUACAAAAAGAGAGUUUCCAGUAAAAUUUGGAAGCUGAAACGAUUGAGACGUCUUUGCUUGAGAGGGAGAGGGAAGUUACCAGUCUUGCCUAAAGGAACUAGAAUGGAGAAUCUACAAAGCCUUUGGUUGUACGGUUGGAGUUCAGAAAUUAAGUCCCUGGUCGACAAUGGCAUAUUUCCUAGGUUGGUAAAAUUAGCUUUGUCACCUAUGACUUUAUUAAGAAUUGAUGAGGAUGAGGAAGUAGAUUUUCUAUCAGGUGUACAAUGCCUAAAUCAUCUUGGUAGUCUAAAAAUAGAUGAAAUUGGAAAUCUUCCAUCAGACAAUAAUGUGUUUCCAUCAAAGAUUACCAAGAUAACCUUUAAACAAAUAUUAAGUUGGUCUUUCAUGAAGACCCUAGGUCAACUUCCUAACCUUCAAAUUUUGAAACUAGAAUAUGAAAGUGGUAUACUGCGGAAUCUUGAUAUUGGCAAGGGAGAGUUCUGUCAACUUCAAGUGUUUCAUAUAAAGUUCUUAAGUAUAAAGUCAUGGAGAUUAGAGGAAAGUGCAAUGCCCCGUCUUCGACAUCUGCGUAUUAUAAAUUGUUAUUAUUUGUUUCAACUUCCCCAGCAACUUUGGUCAUUGAGAACCUUGCAACUUGUGCAUAUUGUGAGACCCUCCCAAGAAUUGACUAGCAACCUCCAAAUUGUGGAGUUCAAGAACAAUUGUAAACUCGUAUUGGAAGAUAUGUGGUAACCUUUUAAAAUGGUAAAUAUGUCAAAUGAUUC